AAAAAUUGGAUCUGCAAGUUUCUAGUUCUAGCCGCUCCUCGAAUUUGUAGACAUCAAUUCAUAAAUUUCGAUUCCUUCCUUCUUCCUCACCACCUAGGUUGUUUUGGAUCUCAGUUCUCUCGUUGCCACUUCGGGCAAGGAAUACAUGCAAUGGCACAUCCAGAACGCCUUCAGACCCAAGAGGGAAAGACCCGUUUGGUAAAAUAUUUCGAGAGCCAGUAUGUUGGCGAUCAUAGUGCCGCAUGGUCGAAUCUUUGGGACACAGAUAACAGUGAUAUGUGGGAUCGAGGUAAACCGUCACCUGCGCUUAUCGAUCUUGUCGAGCGAAAUAAGGAUUUCUUCAACCCGAUUACAGCGGAUGGACGGCGGAAAAGAGCCUUAGUACCUGGAUGUGGCAAAGGCUACGACGUUGUGAUGCUUGCUCUUCAUGGUUUUGACGUGUACGGGCUCGAAGUCUCCGCAACCGGGACUUCUGUCGCCAAAGAGUACGCCAGCAAGGAACUUCAGAGUCCGCAGGCGUACAAUUUCGGGGUCGGCUGGGAAAAUACCUCCAAACAGGGCACGACAUCGUUCAUCCAGGGCGACUUUUUUGAAGCAGAUUGGGAGGAAGGCAGGAAAUUUGAGAUGAUCUAUGAUUACACCUUCCUCUGUGCUCUCCAUCCGACCCUGCGUUCCAAAUGGGCCUCGCGAAUGGCGGAUCUUCUGGUCCGCGGCGGCAUGCUUAUUUGUCUCGAGUUUCCCUUGUUCAAGGACCCAGGGCUUCCGGGACCUCCAUGGCCGUUACAGGGUGUGUAUUGGAAUCUGCUGGCGGACGGUGGUGAUGGAAUGGUUCUCGACAGGGGAAAAUCAUCUGAGCAGGGAUCGUUUACGCGAGUAGUCUACUUCAAACCAGAGAGAUCGUAUGAAAGUGGGAGAGGGACAGAUAUGCUGAGCAUUUAUGUCAGAAAAUAA